UACUCGCUCACUCACUGACCUGGUGGGCACGGAACCCAAUCAAACUCACUGGAACGGACAAACUCUGAUGCUACAAAGUCUAAAACCUCUGCUUUUGUUCAAGUGUUUAUUUUACUCUCUUUUCGUCCUCCGUCUGCUUUCCUACUUGCGAAAUCUUAUAUUUCAAACCCGUCUCUCUUCUCCUCAUGCCUUAAAAAGCAAAAUAUCUUUCAACUUACGGGAAAGUGCGCCGGAAAAGAGAAGUGGGUUGUAAGAAGGUGAAUUCUGCCGUAAUGGGUUGUGCAAAUUGUGGUGUUUGUGCUGGUUUCGUGGUGGUGGUGUUCACUGUUUUAACGACGCCGUUUUGUGCUGGGUUAACUGACCUUCGUGACGUUGCGGCAAUAAAUAGCUUAUAUGUUGCACUAGAGUUCCCGCCUCUUGAUAAAUGGCUACCCCUUGGAGGAGACCCAUGUGGAGAUUCAUGGCAAGGCGUCUUAUGUGUUUUCUCAAAUGUGACAGAAAUAAAACUCAAUGGCAUGAAUUUGGGAGGAACUUUGGUGGAUAGCUUGGGAGACUUCAAAUCAAUAAUAGUUUUAGAUUUGGGCAAUAAUCACAUUGGAGGGAGUAUUCCAAACAACUUGCCCCUUACCAUAAGGAACUUUUCUCUUUCAGGUAAUCAUUUCACUGGAAGCAUCCCAGAAUCAUUGACCAUGCUAUCUCAGUUGUUGGAUUUGUCUUUGAGCAAUAACCUUUUGACUGGAGGCAUACCUGAUACCUUUCAACAGCUUACGAACUUGAUUAACUUGGAUCUGUCAGCUAACAAUUUGACUGGUCAACUGCCUCCCUCAAUGGUGGACUUGUCGUCUCUCAAAACAUUGCACCUGCAGGACAACAAACUUUCUGGGUUCCUUGAUGUUCUACAGGACCUUCACUUAACUGAUUUGAACAUUGAGAACAAUUUGUUCUCAGGGCCUAUACCUGCAAACUUGCUCACUAUUCCAAAUUUCAGAAAAGAUGGAAAUCCCUUUAAUACAACUAUUAUUCCAUCACCCUCUACGGCACUGCCUCCAUCUAUAGCUUGGGCACCAGCUCCUGGUUAUGCACCUGGAAAUCCAGCAGAAGUGCCUUCUGUCUCUACAGCACCAAAGUUAAAAAGUGCAAGAAACUUUUUGACAACAAAGGGGGUCAUUUGGAUUUCCGUUAUAGGGGCUGUGAUACUUUUUGUGUUAGGAGCUUGUCUCUUUAUCUGCAGAUACUGCAAAGGUAGAAAAUUGAAGAAGGAUCCUGAGAGGAAUCAUGUGGGUGCACAUAAAACCUCUGGGGAGAAUCCUAACAACAGUAAAUCUUCUUUACAGCCAAAUCUUCCAGUGGAGAAAGUCUCAAUUCAACCAGUCUCUAAAGAGCCAAUCAUGAAGCCUCAAGAUGGAUAUGGAGUGGACAAUAUAAGAAUAAAUCCAAAGCCACAGGAUGAACAGCUGCCACCACCUCCUUUGCUAUUACCCAUUGUUGAGAAGGUCUCUUCAAAACCACCUGCACCUGCAGAUGUAACUAGGAGUCAUCAUCCUUCUAUGAGCCUGAACUGUGGUUCAACUAUUCCUUUCACCAUUGCAACACUUCAGCAGUGUACCAAUAGUUUCUCUGAAGAAAAUUUUAUAGGAGAGGGCUUGCUGGGCAGUGUAUAUGUAGCUGAGCUUCCAGACGGGAAGCUAGUCGCAGUCAAGAAACUGGGAAUUACAGCUUGUCUUCGGCAGAGUGAUGAUGAGUUUCUUGGAUUAGUGUCUAGAAUCUCUAAACUUCAACACCCUAAUAUUGUGAAUCUGGUUGGUUACUGUAAUGAGCAUAGACAACGUCUGCUUGUGUAUGAGUAUUGUGGAAAUGGAACACUUCAUGAUUUAUUGCACAUGGAUGAAGAGAACCAUAAAAAGCUUUCAUGGAAUAUGCGCACCCGGAUGGCACUGGGAGCUGCAAGAGCCCUACAGUAUCUACAUGAAGGAUGUCAGCCACCCAUUGUGCACCGAAAUUUUAAGUCUGCCAAUAUUCUCCUUGAUGAGAAACUUGCGGUGCAUGUUUCAGACUGUGGUUUAGAUUUACUAUUAUCUGGCUCCACAAUUGAGUUUUCAGGGCGCACUGCUAAUGGUUAUGGUGCUCCUGAAUUGGAGUCUGGAAGUUUUACAUGCCAGAGUGAUGUCUAUAGCCUUGGAGUUGUAAUGUUAGAACUUCUCACAGGACGGAAGUCCUAUGACAGGUCACGACCCCGAGGGGAGCACUCUUUGGUUAGAUGGGCAAUUCCUCAGCUUCAUGAUAUUGAUGCACUAUCGAAAAUGGUUGACCCUUCUCUAAAUGGAGCAUAUCCAGUCAAGUCAUUAUCUCGUUUUGCCGAUAUAAUAUCCCGAUGUGUACAGUGGGAGCCAGGAUUCAGACCACCAAUAUCCGAAAUUGUCCAGGACCUCUUACAAAUGAUUUAGAAUGGAAACCCAUGCAAGUUUUCGAAUGAGAAGUGUAACAUAAUUAGGGAAUGAGAAGUGUAACAUAAUUAGGAAAUGAGAAAGAAGAUGUUUGGUUCUUGAUUGGUAACUCCCUGGAGAAGAUAAUUUUGUUAAUGCAGCUGCUCACCUGAGGUGGCCUUCAACCAUCGUCUAUGAAUGAAAGAUAACUUACCCAAAUAUUUUCCUAGGCAUCACCUUAUUUGGCUAUUCUUCUCUGUUGGAAGCUGUAACACAAUUAUUUCAUUUAUAUUUCCUCUGAAUAUCUCUAGCAAAUGUGACCAUUUUAAGGUUCAAAGUAUGAUACUAGAAAUUCAUGUACCAUUUCAAUACAACCAUGUGCUUUUGGUUAUGGCA